AUGUUGACGUCACCUGCACAAGAAACCCUAGUAUCCAUCGCCUUCCCCAGUGAUGUGAAACAGAUCGUGGACAUCAAGUCAGACGACUCAUCUGAGCAGGAUGGGAACCAGGUCGCUAUUUCGUCCAUUAGCAAGGAUGAACCGCUCGUGACCAGAAGAGAGUUGUGGAGCUAUUACCUGUACUCUAACGGUGACAAUGGUGUCGGUUUGGGCUAUACACAAACACUAUUCCAGGGGCUUGCCACAGCCGCGGGCUAUGAUCCCAUUGCAGGCCCUGGCUCUUCAUGCCUAGCAGAUACUUCUUCCGGCCAAUGCGUCGUUCCCUGGGGUAGCGGCACCAAAUCAGUUUCCAGAGUGGUGUUGACUGCAAAUGGUGUUAGUUUUGCUAUUAUGACAGUCAUAUUAACUACUAUCGGUUCUGCUGCUGACUACGGCACGUUCGGACGGUGGUUGUUGUUCGAGGUCACGGUGGUCUGCUGGGCUGCACAGUAUGCCUGUAUGGCGCUCACCUCACCGAACCGAUGGGUCCUCGCGAUGGUUCUGUACAUCAUCGGUUUCGUCUCAUACAGUGUCACUCUUGUUUUCUAUGGCGCUGUGUUCCCUCGCCUCGCACGAAAUACCCCACAUGCACGUCGGUUGAGAGAGAAGUACGAAAAUGGCGAAAUUCCUGCUGAUGUUUACGUGCAAGAGGAGUCGUUGGAAAAGAAUAGGAUUACUAAUAUCUUUACUGUUCAUAGUAAUGUCGGAUACACAGCCACGCUUGUGCUAAACUUAGCGCUUUUGCUGCCUAUGAUGGACAACCCCAAAGUCGACAAUUAUGUACAUUUGUCAACACGUAUUGGGUGGUACUGGGUAUCUGGUGGUGUGAGUAUAUCUUGUCUCUUCCAAGCUACGCUACCUGCUGAGUACCCUCGAGUUGUAUUCCAGGAGCCCAGGCCAGGCCCUAAUUUGCCCAAAGGCGAACAUUACCUGACGAUUGGAUGGAAGCAGAUCUGGGCUGCGCUGAAGACAUAUAGGCAUCUUCCCUACACAUUUGUGUAUCUGUUCGCCUACUUUCUCCUUGCAGACGGGCUGAAUACUACUGGAACUCUCAUUGCAAUAUGUCAGAACGACAAAUUCAGUUUCUCGUUCCUGCAAAGUACAUACUUGGGCUUGUCUCAGGCAAUCACUUCGACGAUUAGCACUCUUGCCUUCUGGUUGAUCCAGAGAUAUUGGAAGAUUAGUACGAAGAAGAUGGUUUUCGUGGUCACGAAUGUUGUCACGAUUUUGAUUCCGCUGUGGGGUAUGAUUGGAAUAUGGACAGAUAAACUUGGGUUCCACAAUGUCUGGGAGUUCUGGGCAUACAAUGUUUUGUUUGGCCUCUUCCAGGCGUCGUAUUACGCGUACUCUCUGACAAUGAUGGCCGAGCUCAGUCCGUCCGGUUUUGAUAACAUGUUCUUCGGUCUCUUCGGUCUGUCCAACCGCGCCUCUUCUAUUGUAGGGCCGAAUGUCAUUCAGGCAAUCAUUGAUAAGACGGGGAACAACUGGCAGGGGUUCCCGUUCCUUUUUGCCAUGUGUACGGCUGCCUCAGUGGUGAUCUGGUUUGGGGUUGAUGUCACGAAGGGGCGGAGGGAUGCUGUGAGGUGGGCGACUGAGCAGCGCGGGCGUACACACUAG